UCAGCCUGCAGACACACUGAAGCAACAUGCAGCCAGCUGCAGCCAAACUGCCACGGACCCACACAACACCGUUUUCUGUGGACGACAUCUUAAAUCCAACUAGAGGGAAACGAAUCUGUGCUGAAGAUGCAGCAGCUCCAGGUGCUCAUCUUCUCAGGAAGGACCAGGAUCAGCGUCCGGCAGCAGGGGAGCGCGGCUCAAAGGAUCACAGCUCCGGGGUCAAAGGUCGUCGGAUCCGCACUGCCUUCACCCUGGAGCAGCUGCAGGUUCUGGAGCGCAGCUUCCAGAGGUGCCGCUACCUGUCGGUGCUGGAGCGCCACGCCAUCGCCUCAACCCUGCGCCUGUCCGAAACCCAGGUCAAGAUCUGGUUCCAGAACAGGCGCACCAAAUGGAAGAAGGAGUGUCUGCAGGGGAGGGACCAGAACCCCACACCUCUCACAUUCAGCCCUCUGCUCUGUCAGCUGCGUGCCCCAGUCCAGAUCUGUGCCCCACUUCAUCCUUACUGUCAGUUUUACACAUGAGGGCUUAAUCUGCUGAGGAACCAAGUGGACCACAGAACCUCCAGAUUCAAACUUCCUGUCUGAAUUGAAAUAGUAAGACAUAAUAUUUUCUAAUAAAGAUUUAACUUAUUUUGUAUUUUUAUGAGAGUGAAUUCAGUUGAAAUGAGCAAAAUAACCAAAGUUUAGCUGAUAAUCACAUGAACUGAUUUAACUGCUAAAAGUUUGGACCAUUCAAAAGUUUGAGUCUUUUAUUGAGUCAUGACUGAAUGAUCCAAAACACUGAGUGUAAAUAUUACACAUUUUUAAGGAUUUAUAGUUUUUAAAUUCCUUUUUAAUGUUGAUUUUCUAUAUUAAUUAGAUCAUUCUAAUUUGUCCAAAAUGUUUUAAAGUAUGUUUGUUCGAAAAAGGAGAAAACUUUGUCUUUUUUCAAAACAUUUAAACAUUUUCAGGAUUUUUUUUGUCAUAAGUUACUGAGAUGUUAAAAGUAGCUCUAAUAAAACAUUAUUCAUUA